AUGAGUUCUAGUUUUUCAUUUUGGACUCUCUGUCUCAUUUUAGCAUCACUAGUCUCUUCUUCUUUCUGUGCUGCUCCAAGGAAACCAGUGGAUGUUCCAUUUGGCAGAAACUAUUACCCAACUUGGGCUUUUGAUCAUAUCAAAUACUUCAAUGGUGGUUCUGAGAUUCAGCUUCAUCUUGAUAAAUCCACUGGUACUGGUUUUCAAUCCAAAGGUUCAUACUUGUUUGGUCAUUUUAGUAUGAACAUUAAGAUGGUUCCUGGUGAUUCAGCUGGAACAGUCACUGCUUUCUAUUUAUCUUCAACAAAUUCUGAGCAUGAUGAAAUAGAUUUUGAGUUCUUGGGGAACAGAACAGGACAACCUUAUAUUUUGCAAACAAAUGUGUUCACUGGUGGUCAAGGUAACAAAGAACAAAGGAUCUUUCUUUGGUUUGAUCCUACAAAAGAGUUCCACAGAUACUCCAUUCUAUGGAAUAUGUACCAGAUUGUGUUUUUUGUGGACGAUGUUCCCAUAAGAGUAUUCAAGAACAGCAAGGAUUUGGGAGUAAAAUUUCCAUUUGACCAACCAAUGAAAAUAUACAAUAGUUUAUGGAAUGCAGAUGAUUGGGCAACAAGGGGUGGUUUAGAGAAAACAGAUUGGUCAAAAGCACCAUUCGUAGCUGGAUACAAAAGCUUCCACAUUGAUGGUUGUGAAGCCUCUGUUAAUGCUAAGUUUUGUGCUACACAAGGUAAAAGAUGGUGGGAUCAACCUGAAUUUCGUGAUCUUGAUGCUGCUCAAUGGAGAAGAUUAAGGUGGGUUCGUCAAAAAUUCACCAUUUACAACUAUUGCACUGAUCGAAAACGUUUACCUCAAAUACCACCUGAAUGUACAAGAGACCGUGACAUUUAAAUUUUCAUAUACUCUAUUUGGUCUAAUUUAUGUUAUGUUUUCAAAUACCAUGUCACAUUGUUGUCAAGGAUACAAAAGACCAUUUCAUAUCAUGUGUUUGUUUCUCAUUGUAUUAGACGUUUUAUCGUUUCAUUAUUUAUUUACAUUAUUGUUCCAUCGAGUUAUGUAAAUUGAGAAGUAAUGUUAUGUAUUUGUAAUUUUAUUUUCUCACAUCUUAUUAUAUAAUUUUAUAAUAAUUUUUAUUA